AUGGUAACCGAUCCAAAGGGGCCAUUACCUCCCAACUGGGAAAUUGCUUACUCUGAUCAAGGCGAAAAAUACUUUGUCGAUCAUAACACUGGCACAACGCAAUGGGAAGAUCCAAGGGAUUUACCUGAUGGUUGGGAAAAAGUGAAUGAUGGCAUUUAUGGAACAUUUUAUGUCGAUCACGUGAACAAACGUACUCAAUAUGAACGUCCGUCCAGUUCAUCCUUGCAAAAGGUUACAAGUGUGGUACCACAUAAUCCCCCGUCACAUUCCUAUACAUAUGCCAAUAAUCAUGAUGCAAGCAGUAGUACGAAGACUCUUCUAACUAAUAAUGGUACAGGAUUAAGGAGACACUCAACCCUUUACAGCAAUCAUUCAUCACCAUCCCAUACUGCUGGAUCUGUUUACAGUUUCACGAGGUAUCAUAUUGAAUUUGACAGAAUUUGA